UCUUGACCUGGUCCCACUUUAAAAUUACCUAAUUUUUUGGUAAAUAUGCGAUCCAAUUUGUUUUCCGGCGCCUCGCGGCUCUUGAAAUACGGCCGGAAUGGAAAACUUCUGACUCGGGGAAGGAGCACCAAGGCGACCUCCAGCAGCUUGGACUCGCAGCACCAGGAUGCGGCGACCACCGAGGGUGGAAAGACGGAAUCCGUCGAGGAGUCGCCGGAACAGCAACAAAAACUGCCCACCAGGGAGCCGCUGGCCAAGAAUUUCUUCAUUGGAGUCGUUGACAAGGAGCUGCUGGCCUAUCCGGAGGUGAUUCCCCGCGAGGAGAUGUCCCAGCUGCAGAAUGCCCUGCUGCCGUUGAAGAAUUACUUUGAGGAGCCCCGGGAAACGGAGGAGAAGACAUCCACGGAGACUCUCCGGCAAUUGGGACUCUAUGGUCUGAAUGUGCCCACGGAUUUCGAUGGCAGGGGUUACGGAUGGAGUGCCAGUCUGAUGGCCAGUGAACCAGAUUCCACGCAUACGGAUUUAACCCUGGGCCUACAAGCUCACCGCGUGGUUGUGGAUCUCCUGAAGGAAGUGGGUACUCCCCUGCAGCAGCAGCGAUAUCUGCAGGAUUUAGCCCUUGGAAAACUGAUAGCCACGGAAGCUAUCUACGAGUAUACCGCACCCGAGGAGGAUUACUUUAGCACCAAGGCAGAGUUACUAUCCGAAAGCGGAAAGUGGCUACUCAAUGGCGAAAAAGCUUAUGUGGUCUGCACUCCCGGAGAACGACAGCUCUUUCUGGUCCUCGCCCAAACGCAGCACCCAAAUGUCCCGGGAGAUCUGGGACGUGGCACCACCAUCUUCCUGGUGGAUUCCCAGCAGGAAGGUGUGCGUUUGGGUGAGAAACAUGCCACCUUUGGUUGCCGCGAAGCAGAAAUUCGACGUGUACACUUCGACAAGGUGCAAUUGAGCGAGGAGCAGGUGGUGGGCAUUCCACACGAUGGCAAUCGUUGUGCCGAGCAACUGGUCAGAGCAUCCCGACUGAGGAGCAGCCUGGUGGGCGUGUCCCUGGCCAAGAAGCUGCUCAACGGACUGGCCCAGUACAGUGUGACAACCACUCAAUGUGGAGUCCAAUUAAAAGACCUGGAGCUCACCCGUGUCCACCUUUCGCGAGCCAUGUGCUCGGUAUACGCAAUGGAGAGCAUGCUCUACAUGACCGCCGGCCUGCUGGACGAGUUCCGUGUCCAGGAUGUGACCUUGGAGAGUGCCAUCACCAAGUACUUCACCCUGCGGCAGCUGUACGACAUUGCCUCCCAGAAUCUUGGACUCGUGGGACCCAAGAGUCUGCUCGGCGGAGAGGCCACAGAGCAGGGAUUACGAGAUGCAGCACAGCUGUGCACGCAGGGUGAAUCUCUGGACACCCUGGGCAUGUUCAUCUCCCUCACAGGAUUGCAGCAUGCGGGGCAAGCCAUGAACACAGGCGUGCGGAAGUCUAGAAAUCCCCUCUUCCAUCCUGGCCACAUCUUCGGUAAAUUCCUGGACACCAACAGCAUCGACAACCCCAAGACAAAGAUGCAGCUUUCGGAGCAUGUGCAUCCUACAUUGGAGGCGGCGGCCCAGUGCAUUGAGCAUUCGGUGGCCCGUCUGCAAAUGGCUGUGGAGCUGAUGUUCACCCGACAUGGAAAUGCAGUGGUGGAGCGCCAGAGCGAAAUGCAGCGACUGGCGGAGGUGGGCACCCUCAUCUACGUCAUGUGGGCCAGUGUGGCGAGAGCUUCGCGAUCCUAUUGCAUUGGACUGCCCCUGGCGGAUCACGAGCUGUUGACGGCCACGGCGAUUUGCUCGGAAGGAAGGGAUCGCGUCCGCACCCUCUGCACCGAAAUCUAUGCCGGUAAUUUCGUCAACAAUGACAACAACCUGGUGCGACUGUCCAAACAAUUGAACAAGAGCAAGGGCUACUUCCCCGUCCACCCGCUCACGUUCAACUUCUAAGCCCGGCUCGUAGUUUAGCUUAUUAUUGCCUUUACCAUUAAAGUAAAUAUUUGUUAUUGAUA